AUGCAAGAAGACACAACGCCGCCCAUGUACCGCUCCCUGCUGCUCCCCUGGUCCACCCACCCCUCCGCGCGCGAAGCCGCCUACGGCGCACAGGGCCUCCUCCGCACCCACGGCACCAUUUUCACCGCGCCGCCGCCAGAUCAGGUCCUGCGCGAGUCGUUCAACGCGCCGCCACGUCCCAAGAGCCGCAUGUCAUCCGGCGCCAUCGCGCUGUGCAAGCACUUCGAGCGCGGCGGCGGCUCGAGCGAGCACGGCCGCCCGCACCCCUUCUGGACCCUGCCGCGCGGCAGCAACGAGGCCAAGACGGCCAUGGCCGCCGAGGCGCUGGAGCGCAUGCUAGGCGAGGCGGUGUGGAGGAAUGUCAUGCUGCUGCAUGCUGGUGUUGCUGUUUAUGAGAUCCGGAACCCGCGGGGCUGGGGGAUGCUGUGGACGCUGGAGGUUGAGGCGAGGAGACGCCGAGGUCGAGGGCACAGGGGAGACAUCGGGGGAGGAGAACGGGAACGGGAUGGAGAUGAUGAUGCCGUGAGGGACUGGGUCAUCAGGAAGACUGCCUUCAGAGGGUUCGUCGAGCCGAUCGAAGAGAUGGAUCACGAGAUACCCUGA